CGAAGAGCAAGUUGUUGAUUCGCCCUGUUGUGAUUUCGCAGAAAAAUAGCAAAAGUUGAAGAUCAAAACAUCGACCAGUGGAGAUGAGAGCUCGUUUUUUGCUACUGUUAUUUCUAUUAGCAUCGCUCUUGUGCUUCACCCGAGCGGCAAAGACCCUCGACCCAUACAAGGUUCUUGGGGUUGAGAGAAACGCAAGCCAACGGGAAAUUCAGAAAGCUUUCCACAAGCUUUCUCUUCAGUAUCACCCUGAUAAAAACAAAAACAAGGGCGCACAAGAGAAGUUUGCUGAUAUCAAUAAUGCAUAUGAAAUUCUAUCUGAUGAAGAAAAGAGGAAGAAUUAUGAUCUAUAUGGGGAUGAGAAGGGAAACCCCAGGUUUGAAACAGGCCAUUCCGGGAAUGAUGGGGGACAUACUUACUUCACCAGUGGUGGCUCUGGAUGGCAGGGCAUGGAUGGUCAAGGAAACACCAAGUCAUUCUCCUUUUCCUUUGGCAAUCCAAGUUCUGGUCAAAGUUCAUUUGGUUUUGGUCUCAAUGAUAUCUUCUCCAAUUUUUUUGGUGGUGAUAUGAAAGGUGGGAACCAUUUUGGUGGUUUUGGUAGCUCAUCCGGAUCUCAUACUGGCCCUAGGAAGUCCACAAAAAGCAUCCAGGCUGUUAAUUCACAGGUGUUUAAGAAGGAAAUAGCAGAUCAAGGAAUCACUUGGAUUCUGUUAUCUUACAAACCUACAUUUAAGGACAAUGAUUAUUAUGAAUCCAUUGUAGAGGAGGUAGCCACCUCAUUGCAAGGGGCACUGAAGGCUGGCAGCAUAAAUUGCCAACAUGACGCAUCUUUCUGUAAGGACGUCGGUAUAAUGACCACCAGGGUACCAGGGGUAUUUAUUUAUUCGUAUAGAGCAAGUGAUAAGGGCUCCUUAUUGGAGUAUAGUGGUGAUUGGAAUGCUAAGAGUUUGAAGACUUUCUGCCAAGAUCACUUACCAAGAUUCUCAAGAAGGGUGGAUUUAAAUCGUUUUGAUUUUUCCUCAAGCCCUACAGAAAACCUGCCUCGGGUGCUGCUGCUCUCUACAAAGAAAGACACACCUGUGAUCUGGCGUGUCCUUAGUGGCCUGUAUCGUAAGCGAUUCAUCUUCUAUGAUGCACAGGUCCAAGAUGCUUCUGAUCCAAGGGUGAGAAAGUUAGGGGUUGAUUCAAUUCCAGCUGUUGUUGGUUGGACGACUAACGGGGAGAAGCACGUAUUGAAGACAGGAAUUUCUGUAAAAGAUUUGAAGUCUGCUAUUCAUGAUCUGAGUGUCCUACUUGAUGGCUUUGAGAAAAAGAGCAAGAAAGCGGCUUCAAGUCAGGCAAAGAGGCCACAUUCUGAAACACAAGGGAAAAGCAUACCACUACUUACAAGCUCAAACAUGGAAUCCCUUUGUGGAGAGACAACACCUGUUUGCAUUAUAGGUGCUUUCAGAUCAUCCAAAGGGAAGGAGAAGUUGGAAACCAUUCUGUCUGCAGUAUCUCAGAAGUCUCUGACAAGACGGCAGAACCAAGCUUCUAGCUCUGGGGAUUCUGUUUCUUAUUCUCUGUUGGAUGCUACCAAGGGGCAAGCAUUCCUCAACUCAUUUGACAAGUCUCGGUUCCAAUCCUUGGAUAAGUUUCUUGUGGCUUACAAGCCCCGGAGAGGGAAGUUCGCAGCAUUUGUGGAUGAAAUGACUACAGAGGAAGUGGAAAGGUUUAUUAGUUCUGUUCUUAAUGGGGAUAUCAAGUUCAUGAAGGUACGGCAAAAGCCUGUUCUCAAGUGAUUCUGGGACAAACUAGAGAGGCUUUCUCAUCAUCAUGACAGUGUUACUGCAUUGGGUUUAGUCCCCUGAUGCCAGCUACUUGAUGGUGUUGAUUUUUUACUGCGUAUAAUUUCUUCGCAAGCUCGUAUAUCCAACUGUAGUAUCGUCAAACUAGUGGAGAGCCCAUUACACUGAUAAAUUGUGGCUACUUAGAGAUCUAUGUACAGAAGGGUGGAAAUAUUUUUAACCCUGCUUAGGAAUUUUUUUCUUUUUAAACUGAACAGCAUACCUGGAUGUAUAAACUGCUUAUCAUGUCAGUUCGGCAAAAAGAGGGCAAAUGCCAUUUUAAUUUAAUAAAGUAAGUUCUCUGACCUUUUUUUU